AUGGGCGCUGAAAAUUACCACCGGAUGGGUAUCAUUGGAGAAGGUUCCUUUGGCAAGGUCUACAAGGGGCGCAGGAAAUACACUGGGCAAACAGUGGCCAUGAAGUUCAUACUAAAGCACAACAAGAGUGAGAAGGACAUUGUCAGCUUGAGACAAGAAAUCGAAAUCUUGCGCGGCCUGCGUCACGAGAACAUUAUACAGAUGCUGGACUCGUUUGAGACCGAGGAGGAGUUCUGUGUCGUCACCGAGUUUGCACAAGGGGAGCUAUUUGAGGUGCUGGAGGAUGACAAGACUCUUCCAGAGGAGGAGGUGCGAAGCAUAGCAAAGCAGCUGGUGCGAGCGCUGCACUACCUGCACAGCAACCGCAUCAUCCAUCGCGACAUGAAGCCGCAGAACGUGCUCAUCGGCGCGCACGGCUGCGUCAAGCUGUGCGACUUCGGCUUUGCGCGCGCCAUGUCUUGCAGCACGCUCGUUGUUACCUCCAUCAAGGGCACGCCACUCUACAUGGCCCCCGAGCUUGUGCAGGAGCAGCCCUACAACCACACCGCGGAUCUCUGGAGCCUGGGUGUGAUCCUGUACGAGCUGUUUGUGGGCCAGCCUCCAUUCUACACCACGUCCAUUUACUCACUCAUCCAUCAGAUCGUGCAGGACUCAGUCAAGUAUCCGCCAGAGAUGUCCAGGGAGUUCAGGGGAUUCCUCAAGGGGCUGCUGAACAAAUAUCCAGCAAAGAGGCUGUCGUGGCCACAGCUGCUGGAGCAUCCCUUUGUGGCCGAGGCGCCAGAGGAGCGGCAGAUGCGCGAGGCAGCGGCGGCAGAAGCAGCGCGGGCUGCAGAGGAGAGCCGAGCGUGGAAGGGGGAACUGGGCGCUGUAGCAGGUGCACCUAAUUGA